UCAAUCACACUGUGGCGUGCGGUUGGUUCUCCUCCUGUUGUUCUUGUUCCUUCCAUUCUAUCCAUUUGCCUUUACUCUGCAAAUCACAAUGGCCAACACAAUCACAACGACAAGUUUUCUCACACCGUUUCACUUUCAUUCCCCUCGCUGUUCCAUUCCCACACCCAAUUCGGCUAAAGCUUUUACAGUUCCGAGGAGAAAAGCAAUAUCCUUAAUCUUCUCAACUUACAUUCUCUCCGACAUUGGUACAUCAUUAGCCCAACAGCCACAACAACAACCCCGUAGGUUCCGAGAAUAUGUCGACACAUUUGAUGGCUAUUCGUUUAACUACCCAUCUAAUUGGAUUCAAGUUCGAGGUGCUGGUGCUGAUAUUUUCUUCAGGGAUCCUUAUAUUCUUGAUGAGAAUAUUUCGGUUGAAGUUUCUUCACCUUCGUCUUCGAAAUUCAAGACUGUGGAAGACUUGGGUCCACCAGAAGAAGCUGGGAAGAAAGUUCUUGGUCAGUAUCUUACUGAGUUUAUGUCAACUAGAAUUGGUGUUAAACGGGAGUCUAGUAUUCUUAACACUUCUUCUAGAGUUGCUGAUGAUGGUAAAUUGUACUAUCAAGUUGAGGCGAAUAUAAAGUCGUAUGCUAGUAACAAUGAGCUUGCUGUUAUGCCACAAGACAGGGUGGUGCGUUUGGAAUGGGAUAGGAGGUACUUGUCUGUUCUAGGAGUUGAGAAUAAUCAACUGUAUGAGUUGAGGUUACAGGUACCUGAAAAUGUGUUUUUGGAGGAAGAGAACGAGCUUCGUCGAGUUAUGGAGUCGUUUCGAGCGAAUAAGGUUCUUCGUUAGAACUAGAAUGUUGAGGAAUCAAAAUGUUGUAUGAUGUUGUAUGUGUUUUUUAUGAGGUGGUUGAGGUAGUUACUUUUCUGUUGUUUCAAUUAGUGUUGAUGAUGAUGUUGGUAACUGAAGUCAGAUUGAGUAACUCUAUACAAAUAGAAGAAAGUGUGGAUUGAGGUGGUAAUGAGAAACAUUCAUUCAUUUUA